AUGGUUGCAGCAACGAAGGCAUUGACCACGAAAGUGGCAUCUGGAACUCCUUACCAAUUAGAUGACAGUCAGGUCCUUCGAGCCUCAAAUGCGCUUCUGCGUCACAUCAAGUCCGAACAGAAAGACCAAGAAGAGACAUCAGUGAAGAAAACGCUGAUCGGAGAUGACGAUGAUGAGUCCGAUGCUGAAGGAUCCCCGGCCACCAGCGAAUUGGUAUGGCUGGKCAUGACAACUAAGAAGCACGUGGUCGAUAAGAACCGUUUGAAACCCAGCAAAAUCAGCCUCCCUCACUCCCUGAACAAAUCAUCUUCCUUGAACAUAUGUCUUAUUACCGCCGAUCCGCAACGCUCGGUCAAAGAUAUCGUGGCCGACCCUGCCUUCCCAGCUGAGCUCUCAUCCCGCAUCACCAAAGUUAUCGGUCUUACGAAAUUGAGGGAUCGCUAUAAGAGCUUCGAGAGCCGACGACAGUUGCUUUCUGAGCACGAUGUCUUCCUGGCUGAUGACCGCAUCAUCAUGCGAUUGGUCGAGACACUAGGAAAGAUUUUUUACCAGUCGAGCAAGCGACCAAUCCCUAUCCGCAUCGAGCAGAUCGACAAGGUCGACGGCAAGCGCGUCAAGAAAGAUCUCAAGAGUAAGCAAUCCAAAGAAGAGCGAAAAGCUAGCUUCGCUUCGCCUCAAGUCGUCGCGAAAGAAAUCGAGAAGGCCUUGAGCUGUGCGCCGGUCUACCUCGCUCCUUCUACAACGACGUCGGUACGCAUUGGAUCUACCAAAUUUACGCCAGAGCAACUAGCAGAGAACCUGAAGGCAGUUGUCAAUGGCUUGACAGAGAAAUUUAUUACAAAAGGCUGGAGGAAUGUCAAAGCUAUCCACAUCAAGGGAACCAGCACAAUGGCUCUCCCUAUCUGGCUUGCUGAUGAGCUGUGGUUGGAUGAGACAGACGUCCUAGAGAAGGAGGAAGAAGAGAAGAAGGCAAUUGACAACGACAAAAGCGGCAACAAGCGAAGAAACCCCGAAGAAAACGAAGCMGCCCAAGGACAAAGCAAGAAGACAAAGAAGAUCAAGGCGGCCGCGGAUGAGGACGAGGUCUCCCUCAAAGAGAAACUCCAAAAGCGAAAGUCACAGGCUCUUGAAGAGGGAAAGGUUCCGGUUAAAGCUACCAAGAAGAAAUAG